AAAAGCAAUGAGUAACUUCGUGAGAAAUGUCCUGCAGAUUGCAAGAAACUAGAUUUAGAAAAAAAAAAUGAAGCUGUAAGAAAAGUCUGUUCACCCAUAUAUAUAAUUAUCAUAAUCAUGUAUUUAAAAUGAGGUUACUUAAUUAUUUAUAUUUCUUAAGCACUAUUUCUUAAGUCACAUCACUGGCCUUUUUAACUUGCCAAUUUUGGCUAAUUUUCUUGCCUUUGUUUUUUUUAAACGUAACACUUUUUUGUGUUAAUAAUCAGGUAAUUUCGUUGUACUUUUUUCACAUAUUUAGUGCUAUUUUUGGUAAUUUCUUAUUAAGUUGCUUAUUGCCUUCUGUCAAGUUUCAAAGGGUUAACUCCUUGAUCAAAACACAAUUUACUAAGUCAGGCGCCCAGGAACAUUGCUCAGUUUUUACCCUGUGGACUCUUGCAGUAUUGCAGCAAAUAAAAUCCCCUGCAGCCAAAAAAAAACAUUUUCCCCAUAGAGCACCAUUAUAUAAGAGACGUCUGUAAAACUUUUGACGGGACAACUUGAACUGUAAACAAGGUCAGUUAUGUCCUUUUAUCAUUUUUCCAUGGAUGACUUCUGUGCAGCAUCAGUUUCCAGUGACAUCGCAGUCUGCAGAGACAGAGACUUUGAUUCAACUCGGCUGAAUCCUGGACGUUGCGAUUCAGCCAGGAGGCUCUUUACUUACAUGCAGAUCUGCCAGAGCAACUCUGGUAAGAGAAGGAGAGGAGGCGAGCACUUUAUGUUGAAUAAGGACUGUUGUGUCGGUGGAAAUGUGAGGUGCUUUCAAUCUGCUGUGCAGCACUGCUGUACACGGUGCAGAGGUAGCUGCAGAGUGGAGUCGCCGCACAUGUUCGAGAGUACCAACCGUACGACUGUUUUGUUGAAGUCGGGAUGCCGGACAGUUAAAUCAUUUCAUAACCAGAAACCACAGAUUACCAAAACUUUUUGGAAACAUGAACAAUUAGCAGCCAAAGAUGCAAGAAGAUGCAAAACGGGAUCAAACAUCUCACUGGAGGUGUACUGUGAAUAAUUCCAUGUGACAAAUAAAUUAAUUGAUUUUAUAUUUAUACAACUGUCUUUGAGCUGAGAGGAGUGACCUAAAAACCUGCGUAACGUCCUUGUGGGAUCUUGCAGAUGGGGCCAGUGAAAGGAACGCUCAGGGCGCGCUAAUGUUCGAGCAAAAAUGCAUGUAUUUGAGAAGUUUGUAAACAGAUUUUUUUAAUCUAGUUUUACUGUUAAAUGUGGGCUUGAAGAAUGUUCUCCCCUUUUUGGAUUCUCCGUUUACUGCAGAGGCAUGCCAGAAAAUAUUUUCUUUACAAAAUCAAGGAAAAACAGUGAAUACGUGAUAUAAAAAUUGGGUUUAUUUGCUGGUGAAGUAUUCUUUUAUAAAAAUAAAUGUGCAAUGGUUGACACAUGUCCUUUUGCCAUAAAUCGAGCCGUCACACUCAGUGGCAGACAGAAUUGCGUAAUAAAAGCCGAGGUGUUUUAUUUAGGGAACCAGUCUUGACUCCAUAGGUAUCAUUAUUCUGAAGCCAUCACAUUGUGCAAUCAACAUUGACUUCAUAAUAAUAAGUUAAAGCAAAAUCAUGUCUGUUGCCACUUUAGCCGGCCAUGUAAAAUGGUUGAAAUAUUUAAUAUAAAUAAUAAAAAAUGGAAGAAGUUGAAGUGACCUGAGGGGUGAUGAUGUUAUGGAGAGAUGACUGUACUCAGCUUCCACCACGUCAUAUGAGGAGCUAAUCAGCUAAUUGGAGUCAGGCUGACAUGUAUGCCCAUUAUUGACAUAAAAUAUUAACAUAUUAAUAUUUUUCUAAUCAAUUGAGAGAAAGAAAAAUGUAUAUGUGGAUUCUAAUCUUGCAAAUGUAACGUGUUCAGUCAUCCCCGCUGAGAUGAAUUUUUAAAAUAGUUGUAAAAAAUAACACUCAUUGUAAUCCACCAAGCCUUGGCUCCGACUUCUCCCAUUACUUAAGUUUCCGUGCCGCCUCAGCUCCCCCAUCUCCAGUGAAGCGUGGGUGCGUGUGCCAGCAUAUGGUCACUGCCACACAAAGGAGAGCAGGAGGCCACGAGUGCUGCGCCUCCACCCGUCUUUCAUUACCUUUCUAUCUCACUGGCUCUGACCCCCUCCUCUCUCCCCAACAGCCGUGCCCGCCAGCUGGCUGCCGCUCAGGUGUCACUUUCCUGGCUCUGGAAGAGGCAAUGAGUGCAUGAGUUUUUGUUAUUGAAUGAGCAUGAGCGAGAAAGAGAUGGUAAUGUGGUGGGAGCCAAAGAGCUCCGGGGAGCUUGUUCUGCAUGCCAUAACUGACUCGUAGCAGCCAGGGAUGGUGCUGCAUCGGGCCAUCCAGGCUGCUCGAGCAGGGGAUCUUUCCACCCUGAAGGAGCUGGCAUCCUCUGGUCACCUCUCACCUGUCAUCACAGAUGCUCAAGGUGCAGGCCCGGUGCACCACGCGGCCAGGUGUGGACGCCUGGAGUGCCUGCAGUUCCUGGUGAGCGAGCUGGGGCUGGUAGCUGACGCCCGGGCCUCAAACAGAGCCACGCCAGCACAUGAUGCAGCAGCUACUGGCCACAUCCGGGAGCUGCAGUGGCUGAUAGACCAGGGAGGCUGCAACAUUGAGGAUAGAGAUGCUGCUGGUGCCACUGCGCUCCACCUGGCCGCCCGGUUCGGGUGUGUGGAGGUCAUAAAGUGGCUGCUGUCUGUCGGAGGCGUGGCCGAGGUGCAGACAAACUGUGGAGCCGUACCUGCUCACUAUGCUGCAGCCAAUGGGGACCUCACCUGUUUAAAACUACUCAUACAGCAGGCACCGGGGUGUGUGAACCACCAGACCGUCCUCGGUGCUACUCCGCUCUAUCUGGCCUGCCAGGAAGGACACCUGCACGUCGCUGAGUACCUUGUGAACGCCUCCGGGGCUGACGUCCACCUGAGGGCCCACGAUGGCAUGACCUGCCUGCACGCUGCUGCUCACAUGGGCCACCAGGCUGUGGUGGUGUGGCUGGUGACCUGCACUGAUGUCAGCCUGUCCUGCCAGGACAGAGACGGAGCGACUGCUCUGCACUUUGCUGCCAGCAGAGGGCACUAUUGUAUCUUGGAGAGGCUGCUGCACAUGGGUUCAAAGGUCAUCAAGGACUACUGGGGAGGGACUCCGCUUCAUGAUGCUGCAGAGAAUGGAGAGCUGGAGUGCUGUAAAAUCCUGUUGGCCAAUCAAGCGAGCCCCUCAGAUCAAGAUGUUGAUGGGUUCACAGCAGCAGACUUGGCAGAGUACAAUGGACACCAUGAAUGUGCCAGAUAUCUCCGUGCCAUGGAGAAAAAUACAGCCUGUGCAGAAAAGCCCAUCGAGGUGAUUUCUGAAGAAGAGGUGAAGGUGAAGCCGGCCGUGUUGUUGCAGCGCAGCAGGGAGGAGGAGGACUACUACGGCUGCCUGAGUGACACAUGCAGGGACACUUACAGCACUGACACACCCAUGGAUAGUCUAAAGCAACCCGAGAGUGAGGAGUCCCCGCAGGCGAGAUACCCUCAGCCUCCGUCUGCGCCUCCUUCACCGUCUGACUCAUCCACACCGGCCUCAUCAGAGAGAAACGCUGUCAACAGGAUAGAGCAGGUUCAUAUUGCAACGUCUGUUAUUAAAGGUUUCAAUCAGACCAAAGCCACCGGGAGUGAGAAAAACAUCUCUGCUGAUAAGAUGAUGUUGCCUGAUGCAAACCUGCUGGCUGAGAGAAAACUUCUUGGCAACAUGAAGUCCAUUCAAUCCUUAAAACAAUCAGGAAUAUCAGGAGUCUUCACUGGACAAGCAAACAAGAUGGUGGUCCUGCCCACUGAGGAGGCCAACCUGUCGGACAUCGACUACCUGGUGCCCACUCACGACGAGAGAGGCCGUCCCAUCGCUGAGUGGAAGAGGCAGGUCAUGGUGAGACAGCUGCAGGCCAGGCUGCUGGAUGAGGAGGAUCAGAGGAGGAAGGAAAAUGGGAACAGAUAUGCCAAAGUCAGCUGGAGGUACUCCCAAGCCCACAACGCGAUCCUGGGCCCCUCUGGUGAGCUGCUGACUGAGGAUGACCUCAUCUAUGUGGAGCAGCAGAUUGCCAACGUCUCCAUGCAGAGGAACUGCGAAGGCUACGAGCUGGAGCUGGCUCGUCUGGCCGAGGAGCUCCGGCACAUCCUGCCGGCCCCCAUCGUCAACAUCACCGCCAACACGCAGUUCAGAAACUUCUCGAGUCAGGUUCCUCUCCCUUUGUGGUGCGGCCGCAUCUCGGGCAUCGUAAAGAGCAUGUCUCUGCUCAUGACCAACCUGACGGACCAGCCCUACUGCAAGAUGCCCAACACCGACCUGAUCACCGUCUUCUCUCAGACGCCGCACAGACAGAACUCCACCAGGGGACGCAGGGAGAGGAUAGAGGAUGAAAUCCAUCAGUUCGGAGUGUCAGUGAGGACUCUGAAGUCCAAUUUUGAGACACAGAACUCACCUUUGUCAGACGAGCCCGAGGAGGCGGUCGUGUUGAGUUCUUCUACUCAGCUUGAGACCACCGAGUCAGAAAAAGAGCCCAAAGACUUGAGUCCGGCCCCAGAAACAGACCAGAACAGUGACUCCGGCAUCGACUACGACGAAAACGUUGCAGAUGUUCUGGAGACCACCAGCCUCAGAAAGGAGCGUAUAGUCGUACUGUUUUUAGGCCACUGGAAGAAGUCUGCCUACACGGUGACGCUGAAGAGCAAAGACGCAGCAGAGAGGAAGAUGAGCGGCGGGAACUCGGGGACAGGCAACGAAAAAUCAGGGUUGGACCGCAGGAGCAGCGUGGAGAGCGCCCAGUCGAAGAUGAUGAACAGCUCUCUGGGACAUUUCUUCAAGCAGAGGAGCGCCGUCAACAAGAUGCUGGGAAACUGGAGGAGCAUGAUCUCCAGCGUCCCGUCCAGACAGAUCCGCAGGCUCCACAGGCAGCAAGCCCUCUACUCCCCGGAGCAGUUCCUACCUCGUCUGGAAGGCGUCCUGGUGGAGUACGACAACCUGACCUUGGACCUCUUCAUGCUGGGCUACUUCCACAUCCUGGAGCUGGAGCUUCCUGUGGACGAACGCAAAAUGAGACACCUUCUGUGUUUCGAGGUGUUCGACCACGUGGGGAGCUUUCCCUGGGAGCUGGUCCGGGACUUCCACAAGGCCGUCAUCCAGGACAUCGAGGCUGGGAACCGCGAGUGGAAGGACGGCUUCGAGGACAUUAAAGUCAAGUUCUUUGGAAACGCAGCGAGUCAGUCUGAAAGCACUGUAGAGGUGGCGAAACACAUCCUCCCAGAGGUUAGACAGGUCCCGAAGGUCAUUGUGCAGACACCCACGCCAGAUGAGGGGAUGCUCCACGGUGGAACCGACAUUUCCAGUUUCAGCAACGAGGAAAUUUGUAAAUACAUCGACCGCAGUUUUGCUUUUUGGAAAGAGAAGGAGGCAGAGAUUUUUGAUUUUGAGUAGUGUCAUGUUUUUGAUAUUUUUUUGUAUUGUUUGUAGUUAGAUUACAUUCGGGCUGGGUAUCAGACCUAAAAACUGUUUGAGUUGUGAGUGGUUUUAAUGGUCUAUCAAGUAAAGAAAACUAGAACAGCCAGACUCCAAGCCAUGUUUACUUAUUUUGUAAAUUUUAUACUUUAAUUUUAUUGUGUUAAACCAUCAAAGUCUAAUGCAUUUCACAAGUUUGGAUGUCGUUGUUAAAUUUAAAAACAAUUUUUAUGUUUCUAUAUAGUAAUAAAAGGAUUUUAGUUAAUAUUUUGGUACUGUUGUUCAAGCUUAGGUGUCAAAUUGGCAAAAUAUUUCAAACCAUACCCAGCCCUAUCACAAAAGCCAGAAUGCCUAAAAUGCUAGUGUGUGUUUCUGAGAGUAAAAACUCACUGACAAGA